AUGUCUGUUAAUGAUCUCUUGCAUGAUACGGAUAUUCAAGACCCGUCCGACUUCCCGCCGGCGGACGUCGCGCCAGGUGUCCGCCAGCUUGACGAAGCCCUACGCUGUAGCAUCUGCAGAGAGCUAUACCAGGCACCAGUAACGAUCAGCUGCGGACACUGCUUUUGCUCCCUUUGCAUACGGUCUGUCCUUCAGGAGAAAGGAGAGUGUCCUCUUUGUCGACAGAGUGCAUCAGACACAAAAAUCAGGAGGAAUCCUGCUUUGGAGAAUGCUGUGAAAGCGUGGAAUCUAGCACGGGCCUAUUUACUUCGUCUUUUUAAUGAGGAAGGAACUCGUACCUCGCAGAAUGGUUUUGCAUUAUCUACUCCAUCAGAACUGGAGUCCGAGAAAUCCAGUAAGAAACGUAAACGCGCUACGUCUGAAGAGGAGGAUGACGAGGUGCAGGUUGUCAGUGGCCCGUCAAUACCAACCCCCAGCGGGUUCAAAGCAAAAGCCAUGAAAUCGAGCCCCCAAUCUCCAGCCACACCAUCGUCCCUCAAUAACCUCGUCCAAUGCCCAGUAUGCCAAAAAGACGUCCCGUAUGACAAUAUCAACACCCAUCUCGAUAGUAACUGCCGAGAACUGCGUGUGGAAGGCUCGACAAGCGUCAUACAUGCGGCGGGAGACAAAGGCAAACAAAAGCAAGAAUGGUCCAAGAUACUCGGAGGUGCUACCCGUAAAGGAAAGGAGAAAGAAAGAGCGAAAUCCUCCGAGAUCGCCGAAGAUACAGAGUAUCUGCCCAAGGUCUCCUAUCACACCCUGAAGGAUAGUGUCAUCAAAGACCGAUUGUUGGAGCACAACCUACCCACAACAGGCGACAGGAAUACAUUGAAUAAACGACACGCGAAAUGGGUCAUGAUGUUCAACGCCAACCUAGAUCAAUCUUCUACCGAUAGGAAAACCCUCUCGCAGCUCAGACGCGAGCUGCAGACGUGGGAAGACGAGCGGAAAGCAAGGAAACAAGUUGUCACAGAUACAACGGCCUACGAGAAGGCGCAUAAAGCCGAAUUUGCCAACCUCAUAGAAGCUGCGCGUCCGAGGAAGGUGUCAGACAGAGGCCACGUUGCAGAAGAGGCAACGCGUGCUGGUCCAACAGCCGUGCAGGACACGGCCACCAGUUCCGAGAACACCAUCGACUUGGAUGCUGAUGAUGCGACUGCGUAA